CGGGAUCUGUGAGAGAGCGCGCGCGCAAGCCCGCGUACGUGUAUCGUCACCGCCGCCGCCGCUGUUGUCGCGCGGGUGUUUCGCGUUCGGGUAUCUCCGCGCAGUCGGUCAACGAAACAGAAAGUGGCCGUACGUCGUCCGUACCGCACGCGUCGCGACACACAAAACACACAAACAAACACACACACACUAACUCAAACACAGACACAAACACACACGCACUCCUCGCACACCUGUGACGAAGUACAAAUCGUUAUUAAUAAUAAUAAUAUUAUUUUUUUUUGUUUACCAUCAAUUUUGGUUUUUGACUAUAAUUUGCUCGUUUCGUCGCGAGACGAUUUCGCGGGUUUCGUAUCGAAAAUUUGAAAAUUUCGAAAGUUUCCACUUCGUAUCACGUAUGUAUGUCGAUAUAAUAAUUUGAAAAAAAAAAGGUAUAAUAUUUUUAUCCUUCGUCGCCGCUAGCGCCGAUUUGUCGAGCGCUUUUAGCGCACGCCGAGUAAAUUUUUAAGUAAAAACUGUAAAUCGAGAAAAAAAAACAAGACUUGAACGCAAUAAUCAACGGACGAGACACCGAUUUCCGCCGUCUUGCGCCGCGCGCGGCAUGCGAUCGCCGUCGUCGUGGUCGUCGACUAACGUCGCCCGUCGUAGUCGUCGUUGAAUGGCUCCUCGCCGGAACGCAAUGGGUUUCAACGGUAUCGGACAUUUCGCCGACUUGUUCGGCCAGUCAACCACAACGGCCAUGGAACAGUUGUUCCAGCAACAGCAACAGCAGCCUUAUCAACUCGUCCACCAACAACAACAGCACUACGAAGAUUGUUGCGUGCCCACCGGCGACUGCAUCAUGCGGUCUGCGCCCAUCAGGCCAGAAGAUCCGCGCGCCGCCGAACUGUACGCCCGCGUGGUGUGCAGCGACGGCGGGUGUCCGGCCGGUCGGUACAUGCACCGCGAGUGUUUCGACGCCUGGGAACGGCUGGUUUUGGUCUACAUGAAGAACGCGGCCGCGUCGUACGCCAACGGUAACGCGCCGCAGUCCAACAGCCGGCGCAUCAAGGACCUGUGGACGGUGAAUGUCAACAACAACAACGUGGUGAACCUCAACAAGAAAGGCUAUGAGAUGGCGUUCAAGGCCUGCGGCUGCCGUUGCGGCCGUGGUUACUUGAAGAAGGACUCCGAGUGGCCGCAGUCGUCGUCCGUUUCCGUCAUCCGCAGACGGUCAUCCGGCGGAAGCGGCGUCGCAGCGGACGACACGGUGGACGGAGGUAGGACAUCGGCCGCACCGCCGACCAUCGGCAAGAAGAAGAAGCGCCGACAGCCCUCCGCCAGACAUCCGGCGGCCACCGCCGCGUCCACGAUGAUGAUGGUCGACUAUUCCGAACUUCGGCUCCGCACCGGCAGCCUGUCCGGUUCGUCCAACGGUUCCAGCUCUCCCGUCACCAAUUCCGCCAGCAGCGUGUCACCCGCCCACUCGGGAUCGUUCGGUUCCAGCACUAGCACCGGUGCCGGUUCCGGUUCAGGUUCUGGUUCCGGUUCCGGGUCUUCGUCGUCCAAGAGGCGCGGAGCCUGUCUCAAAGACGUUUUCGAGAGGCAGUCGUCCAUGAACGGCAAUGGGAUAUUUUGCCGCCGUCUGGACUUCAGCACAUUCAACCGGCUACCACGGCACAUGCUCAACUCCUAUCACGUAAAGAUCGAAGACGAAGGCAACCACGGAAACGACGAGACCAGAUCAUUCAUUUUGUCGUCGUUGGCCGCUCAAAACCAAUCGCGAGUCAACUGCGUCCUGUGCUCGGACGUCAUGUUGGUGUUCGACCGAUAUCCACUGGUGGACGGUACAUUCUUCCUCAGCCCCAAGCAAUAUAACAAAAACGCCGUCGAGGUGAAAAACGAAGGACGAGCUCUGUUCCUGAACGCCGUCUGCAUGAAAUGUCUGGACGAAAAAGACGCUGACCGGAAGCUGUGUUGCCGAUUCUGCGCCACCCAAUGGGACGGUUCGUCACUCAUUAUGGGCACCAUGUACGCGUACGACGUGUUCGCCGCCAUGCCGUGUUGCAAUGAACGACUCAAGUGCAAUGGCUGUCAGAAAGCAUUGAUGUUGUCGCACCAACGACUGAACUUCUACAGCGAUUAUAGCCGCAAAGUCACCUGCCCGCACUGCACUUCCGUCGACUAUCACUUUGUCAAGCCGCUCGCGGUGUACUACACCCGACAGUGGCCAUAACAUACGGCCACGGUCCCGGCCACAAUGGUCGGGGCCGGUGGCCGCCUACCGGCAGCCACCGCCGUCGCCGCACCAGCGGUGAUUUGCUCCUCGUCGGCAGUCGCCGUCACCCCGCCGGCCGUGCUCCAACAGCAACAGCAACAAAAUCAUCAGCACCUGCAACAGAUGCAACAACAACAGCAACAGCAACAGCACGCGCCGCCCGAUUACACUUCGGUGGCCAUCGAAAAGCUGCUCCAUUCCAUAUGGGACACCAAAGUCAACGACAUCAUGGCGGCCAUCAACCACUUGGGUUUGGUCUGAACUAUAUAUAAAUGCAGUCGAGUGUAUAAAAAAACCGAAACGGCUUUUUCAUCUUUUCAAAAAACAAAAAACAAAAAAAAAACAAGGUGUUCUUUAUUAUUAUUAUUUGUUCGUAGUUGUUUUAUUAUUAUUAUUAUUAUUACGUUUGUGGUUUUUUUUUAAAUGAAAAAAAACAUUGAAAUAAUCAUUAUUCAUAAGAUUUUAAUUAUUAUUAGGUGUUAGUGAUUUUCAAAGAAAAGACGUCGUAAUGUAAUUUUUUUCUUGUUAAAAAAUUUUGUACAGCGGUCCCCGUUAAAAAAAAAUUAAAAAAAAAAAAUUCAAAAUAUAAAAAAAUUAACCAAAUAAUUAUAAUAAUAAUAUUAUGUAAUGGGAUGAUAUUAUUAUAUACCAAUAUAUGAGACUUCGAGCGGGCCCUAUCGACAGCUUUUCCUCGUCCGCCCGCCAGCCCGCCACGACGAGAACACCAUCUUCCGUUUUUUCGAUUUCGACGGACGAUUCGUCGGAGGCGUUUUGUGUACGUAUGUAUGACAUUUUUUAGUUCUUUUUGUAUAGUUCGAUAUUUAAAAAAGUUCAAAAGAGUUGAAAAUAUUAAUUUUGGUUCUUAUAUAGUAAAUUUGACACGACGGUGUGCGCAGAACCUAAUAUUGUUUUUUGUUUCACGAUGUCCUAUAUCAUUAGUGUUGGUUGUUAAUGUCUUUAAAAAAAAUAAUUCUCGCGAUCGGGUUUUUUUUUUUUACGGACCGCUGUCUGUCUUGCGGAGUAGCUUAUAAUCAUAAAUAAUUGUAGUCGUGCACGGUUUUUCGCUAACGAUCGACGGUGUGGCGAUGGCGGGCGGGAGAAACGUCGUCUGCGGUGGUGUGUGAUAUUAAUUCGUCGUGGUGUCGUCGAUUCUCGUCGACGUCCGGCGGGUUUAAUUAUUAUUAUUAUUUAUAUUAUUAUAUUAUGUAUGAUAAUAUUCUUUAGAACAACAGUACAACAUAUUAUAUAAUUGAUUAAUUAUUGAUAAAUACGUAGAGUACAAUUAUUAAAAGUAAUGGAAUAAUAUAUUAUUAUUAACGAUAUAUAUGGAUAAUAUUAUAUAAUAAAAAAUAAUAUCACGUUUGAGCUAUCUAAAAAAACCUAUACGAUAAUUUUACCUAUCUGUAUGUUGUCUACGUAGACGCCCACGCACACGGCCGUACCUAACCUUAACGAUAUUAUUAUUAUUAUUAUUACUAUUAUCGUUUUGUGUGUGCGCCCAUUGUGCGUGCGUAUUUAAUGUAUGACGCGUGUGUGUAACGUGUUUGUGGUUAUUAUAAUAGACACACGCGACAUUAUAUUUAUUAUUAUUAUUAUUAUUAUUAUUAUUAUUAUUAUGUAUUCUUGCUCUGAUGCUCAAUUACGCGCUACCUCUUGUUUUGUUUACCAAUCGUACUAUAUGUUAAUUAACAAAGUAACAAAGAAAGGAACAGUUUUUAACGUGUGUGUUAUAUUAUACUUAUACAAAAAUCUCGAGAUUUAAAAUUACCUAAUAAUAUAUAGUAUACGGUUUUUUUUUUCGUUUUUGGGUGUUUCGUUUUGAUUUCAAAUCCAUCGUCAUCAUCAUAAUCAUAAUUUUUGUUAUUAUUUUGAUUUAAAUUUUUUUUUUUUGUCGAUUUUGAUCAACUCGGGGGUCAGAAGUUAUAUUAUAAUACAAAAGAAAAAAAAAUACAAAUACAAAUCGUUGUUUAAAAAUACCUAAGCUACCUCGGGUUUCAUUUGUCUCACGGAAAUGAAUACUCUUUAGUUAAUUUUUUUUUAACUCAUUUUAGCCCAAGUUGAGUUGUUUUGGUUUCUAUAUUAUACUUCUUUCCUUUAUUUAUAUUAUUUGAUAUUGUUAAUGUAUACAUAUAUUGUGAAUCGUGAUUUUUUUAUGCUUUAUGUUUUGUUAUUAUGCACUAAUAGUACAACAUUAAACAAAUUAUGUUUUUAAUUAAUGAUUAUUUAUAUAGUCUAAAUGAGUAGGUUUAUAAAUUUUAAAAAAAGUAAGGGAGAAAAAAACAAAAAAAAACGGAACGGAUCGUACAAAUGGAAAUACUUCAUUAAUUGAUAUUAUUAGCAAUAUUAUAUCUAUAUAUAAUAUUACGUGGAUUUUUUGUAUUAUCGGCGAAAAAUUUUGACUAUUUUAAACAAAUUAAAUCGUAUUUCUAGGAGAGUUUUUUUAUUUGUUCGACGCAUUUGGAUUGUCGCUGUGUUAUUAUUCUAUAUACAUUUUUUUUUCUUUUCGACAUACUCUGUCAGUACCUGUUCAUUAAAAAAAUAAAAAAUAAAAAAUAAAAAAAAACAUUAUUUUGUUUAACUCGUUACAGCGCAUUUGUUAGUGUAUAGAUAGUGUUACAUGAGUGAGAAAAGAAGAUAGAAAAAGAGAGGGAGUAUAAAAAACUCACUUUUUCAUAAUAUCAUAUUUUUCACCCCGUGUAUUACGAUAUUAUAGUAUAUUAUAUAUUAUAUGAUGUAAUCGCUAUAGUAUUAGAUUUUAACCCCCCAUUAUUCCCCCGUGUACAGUUAUUAUAUUGUGUAUUUUUAUUAUUAUUAUUCUCAUCAUCAUCAUCAUCAUCAUUAUUUUAUUUAUUAUUAUUAAUUAUUAUUAUCAUGAUGUAUGUGUAAAGAAAUUUCUUUUAAUUUUUUUCAUCGGGUCUCGAAUCCCGUUGAGAAUUUUUUUUUUAAUAAUUUUUUGUAGAGUUUUUCUGAGUGGUUUGCGUUUUGUGUAAUAUUUCUAAGGGCUUUAAUAAGAAAGAACAACAUAUACCUUCAAUAAAAUAAAUAGUUUUAUUUUCAAUAUUGAUGAUUUGCAUACAUUUUAUUAUCUACUAUUAAUUAUUUUUAUUUUUUUGAACGAGAGAAAAGUACUCGAAAUUUUUAGUUUUGCAUUCUAGUCAGAGUCGAAAUUUUAAUAAAAAUCGAAAAUCAUUAAAUAUAUUAUACGCAUACAUAUAUUUAAAACAAAUAAUUCGAACUACCUAUUUUAUAGUUUUUAUUACACAUUUUGUUUUUAUUUUUAGCACUUUUUUUGUUAGCAUUUUUGAUUUUAGUUAAUUUUUUUCCUUGCGAGUGUAUUUAUAUAGCAAUAGUUAGAAUUUUUGGUGACGGUGUCACGGUUUUUAUUUUUAUUUGCCUUACAAUUUUAUUUGAACUCGCUCUUUAGUAAGUAAAUUAGUAUGUCAGGUCCGAAGCUAUAAUAAGGAGACGAGAGUCUUGUAACUAUAGUUAUGUCUCGAUUCCCGCUCUCGGAGGAGGAGGAGGAGGAGGACUGCGAACGCGUCAUGUAGACUUGCCCAAAAAUGUGUUCAAAAUUGUAAAAAGUACUUACGUAUUAUGACCGGGGGGUGUGGGGAGGGUAAAACAUAUUCUCGAUGAUAGGCCCGCGGGAUGUGUAUCAAUAAAUGCUCAAUAAUUAUAAAAACAAGUAAAUAAUGAAUAAUCUUUUCAAAAAUAAACGUUUUGACGUGUAGUACUGGGCGAUUCUAUUAUUACGGUAUUUGUCGAGUAAAAAAGAUAAUUAAUAUUAAAUACCACCACCCACCUGUCUCCCGACAAAUAAACGGCCAAGCAGCGUUUACGGAUUUAAUCUAGUCGUGUGACCCGCGUAAGUACACCCACUGUAAUCGGUUACCACAUAUUUGCAGCCCCACACUCACACUAUGGUGUCUUCAUUUAUUACGUUACUGCGAUCUUAUAACGUUUUAUUAUUCUUUUUCUGCGCGUGUCUUAUAAUAUUCAAAACAAAACGCGUUUUUUCAGUCGCUCCUCCCCCCCCCCCUCCCUGCAAUGGGCCGCAGACUCCUUGUAUAUUAAGAGUUUUUUCGUUUUCGUUCCGACUUCUCUUCGUUUAGUGAAAUUGUUUUCACAUGGUCUUCGCUUCAAAUUCGUCAACGUGCAUCGUGUAUCUUAUCGUUUUUUUUUUUUUUUUUAUAUAUAUCUUUAAUCAACAAGUAGUAAAAUAUGAUUUUAGGUUUUUUUUCAAAAAUAAUAUAUAUAUAAAUGUGUAUAGACAUUAGGGUGUUUAGAUUAUAGUGAGUGAAUUAUGUAUCAUAACGAUUAUAUUAUAUAAAUAUAUACUUUAACAUAAUAACUUUAAUAUAAUAUUGUGUAUGGUAUUUAAAGAUAAUAUAAUAAAAUAUAAAAUUAAAAAUUUUUAACUAAUAAAUAGGUACGAUAUAAUUAUAUAUAAUAUUAUUUAUGUGUAUUGAAAAAUCGUCGGUUCAAAGUACAAAAACUUAAAAUAUAAAAAAAAAUAACAAUAAUCACCUGUCCACUAUGUGUUUAGACACCUAUAUUUAUAUUAUAUUAUUAUAUAUUAUAAAAAAAAAAAUGUUGAAUUUUAUUCAGAAGUGUAAAAGUGUUGGUGUAGAACGGAGAUUAGUGUUAUACAAAUUAAUAAACUAUAUGAGGCCUAAUAUUGAAGGGGCGUUUUUUUAUUAUUUUUUUUUAUAUAGACGGUCAGGACUCAGAUUCUUCCCUCUCGAUUUUUUUUUUAAAUUAUUAUUAUUAUAAACAUUUUACAAAUACAUAUAUUUAUAUUUAUAUAUAAACGGUAAAGUUUCAACAAGAAGUCUACGAAGUCUGGCAGGAAACAUCCUAUGUUUAUUAUUUGUUUUCAAUUUUUUUUUUUUUUAUGAUUAUUAUUAUUAUUUAUAUUAAUAUUAUUUUAGAUAAUUUGUUACGCAUUCGUUUUUAUAUUACCAAUUCAUUGUAGAGAUUUUCUCGAGGAGUAUUUUUUAUUAUUAUUAUUAUUAUUAUUAUUAUAUAUAUUUUUUUUUGUUUUGCUUUCAUAUAAUAAACAUGAGAUACAUAAAUAUUAUUUAUGUAUAAUUAUUAAAGAAAAAAAACAUAAUUCGUUGUGUUUUUCGCGCGUCUGUGUACCUAUAAAGACACGACGACGAAGACCUGCGCAACGUCGUUUCCGGUGUUUGGGUUUUCACUGCAGUGUGCUCUCUGUGAAUACCUCGAAAAAGAAUGUUCCUAAAUUGUUUUACUUUCCUGACGAGAAUAAUAAUAAAGUGUGCGGUUUUUUUUUUUGGUUUUUUUUCGUGGUCCCCGAUUAUAAGAUUAUAUUAUUAUUAUGAUUAUUAUGAACUGUAUUAGUCGCGCGCGAUUUGUGUAUUGUAAACAUAUAAGGCCGAUGACGAUGACGACGACUUUUGUGUGUGUCGUUCGACUAUCGUUUUUCGACCCUAUUGUGUGCACUAUAUACACUUACGUACAAUAUUAUGUAUGAUGCCCCCGCCCCCGGAAUUCCUGUUUCUCUUCCGCGAAUGAUUUUAAUGUUUAACAUAUUAAUAUAAUAUAAUAUAAUAUUAUGCAGUAUAUGAUAUUGUGUUUUUGAUGUUUCAUAUUAUUUUGUUUUAAUCAUUAUUAUUAUUAUUAUUAUUAUUAUUAUUAUUAUUACAAUAUAUAUUUUUUUUUUUUUAGUCGACUUAGAGCGUGGAUGAUUAUAUAUAAUUUAUUUACGUGGGGACUGGAGAUCGCACUACGUUACGUAAUAAUAAUUGUAAUCAUUAAUAUUAUAUAUCACAAUAAUAAUAAUUAAUAUUAUUUAUGCUAUUAUUAUAUUAUGUCGAACGAUUACAAUGUUAGAAUAAAACAGUUUAUUAUUCA